GAUUUCUGGGAUGCGAGCGGAGAGAGCAAACCAGCGCACUCCUUCAGCCUUUCUUUGGUAGGGGGAGGGGCCGAGAAUUAGGAAGGGGGAUAGUUUCUCAGAACGGAGAAGGGAAUUAGGGAAUUCCCUCCCCUUCUUUAUAUAGGUGGCUGAGCGAUCACGCUGUCAUUAAAGGCACGUCCCUUCCCUUUGCUGCUGUGCCAAACACAGGGAGACCGCCAAGCGGACACUGAGAAGGUCAAACCCCGCCUGCUUGGAGGUGUUACAGACCUCCUUACUUUACCUAGGGGAAAGGGGCGCCCGGACCGCGCUCCUUUUUUCGUGCACCGAAGCUGCAUGGCUUGUGGCUCAUUUUCCCAGCUGGCAAACGUCACCAUGAAGACAAGGGAAUGCCUGUGAGUCAAAAAGUAAAUGCCAACAUCCAGCUUUUCAAGGAUUUUCGAUGCCCCUUUGGCCCACCAGGCACCAUAUAGGACCAUAAGGGUUAAAGAUGAUCUACGUUCCACUCUCGAGAUCUAAGUCGGAAUGUGGUAUCGGGGGAGGUGAUUGGCUGCGAAGGUGAAGCCCCGCACACGUGACUCCAUAGCACCGCUCUUUAGAAGCAUAGACCGAGAUAGGGCGUGGCCGAGGGAGGAGGAGCGGGAAGCACGCGAUAGAAAACAAGCGAGUGGAACUUGGGAGGCCGAGUGGGGCCCUCCAAAAGUAAGUGAAAAAAAAGGGACCGGCGGUCGCCUGUUUAGAUUCGAGUACGUUUUUUUAAAAAGAGGAGAAACGGUAAAUAGAGGAAAGGAGACAGCGAGAGCGAUGGCAAAUCGUUUCGUCGCACACAGUCCGGGACAACCGUUCUCUCAAGGCCCUAGGCAGGGAGGGCGGGCUCCAGAGGCCCAGAGAAGUGUCGGGUCUGUCUGGGUCGGCCGGCACUAGCGGCCCCAGGGACGCAUCUGAGGAGGAAGAAAAGGAAGCGAGGCCCGAUCGCGUGUCCAUGCAGCAGUCCCGGCUCCCGGGCCCCCACGCCGCCGACAGAGCCCUGGAGGAGACCUGCAUGGACGGGCAUGGGGAGAGCUGCCCCUUCUUGCGCCGCCGCCGCCGCCGCCAGGGCUGAGCCGGACAGGCACUGGCUACGUCGCGGCUGGCGCUCGCCUCCGCUUGUCGCCCUGCUGCUCCUGCUCGGCCUCGGGGGACUGCCCGCAGGUUAUUGCCAACAGCCUGCCCAGUGUCGAAUCCAGAAAUGUACCACAGACUUUGUGUCACUGACUUCUCACCUGAACUCUGCCAUUGAUGGCUUUGAUUCAGAGUUCUGCAAGGCUCUACGUGCUUAUGCUGGCUGUACCCAGCGUACUUCCAAAGCCUGCCGUGGAAACCUGGUCUACCAUUCAGCUGUGCUAGGAAUCAAUGACCUCAUGAGCCAGAGAAACUGUUCCAAGGAUGGACCCACAUCCUCCACCAACCCUGAAGUUACCCAUGACCCUUGUAACUAUCAUAGCCAUUCAGAAGCUAGAGAACAUCAGGGAGGGGACCAGAGUCCUCCCACUUACCUUUUUUGUGGCUUGUUUGGAGAUCCUCAUCUUAGAACUUUUAAUGAUCACUUUCAAACAUGCAAGGUGGAAGGUGCCUGGCCUCUUAUAGAUAAUAAUUAUCUUUCUGUGCAAGUGACAAAUGUACCUGUGGUCCCUGGAUCCAGUGCUACUGCUACAAAUAAGGUAACUAUUAUCUUCAAAUCCCACCAUGAGUGUACCGAUCAAAAAGUGUACCAAGCCGUGACCGAUGACCUGCCUGCAGCCUUCAUCGAUGGCACCACCAGUGGCGGAGAUGGUGACGUCAAGAGCCUGCACAUUGUCGAGAAGGCAAGUGGCCUCCAUGUGGAGAUGCACGCCAGGUAUAUAGGGACCACCGUGUAUGUGCGGCAGUUGGGUCGCUACCUGACGUUGGCAAUCCGCAUGCCCAAGAGCCUGGCUAUGGCUUAUGAAGAAAGCCAGGAUCUACAGCUCUGCGUGAAUGGCUGCCCCCUGAGUGAGCGCAUUGACGAUGGGCAGGGGCAGGUGUCGGCCAUCAUGGGGCACACGAUUCCCCGCACCGCCUCCGCCCAGGCCUGGCCCGACUAUACACUGGAGACCGCCACUACCCGAUGCCACGAGAAGAUGCCAGUGAAAGACAUCUAUUUCCAUUCCUGUGUCUUCGACUUGCUCACCACCGGGGACGCCAACUUUACUGCGGCCGCUCAGAGUGCCUUGGAGGACGUGGAAGCCCUGCACCCCAGGAAGGAGCGCUGGCACAUCUUCCCCAACAGCAGGGCCGGGGAGCUCCUGGGGAGCCGCGGCCUGGCCGUCACGCUGAGACUCACGUGCUCGAUGAUCCUCGUCGUGUUUUUGUAGGGUUGUUUUUUGUCUAUAACAAAAGUUUUAAAAUAUAUAUUGUCAUAAUAUAUUGAGUAAAAAGAUAAGAGUAUAUAUGUAUAUACCAUGUAUAUGAAGGGAUGUUUGUCCUGGGACACCCACCAGAUUGUACAUAUUGUGUUGGACUGUUUUUCAUGUAUGUUGGAUGUAGUAUUCUUUGAUUGUAUCAAUUUUGUUUUGCAGUUUUGUGAAAUGUUUUAUAAUGUCCCUGCAUUGGGACCUGUUAGAAAGCACUUUAUUUUUUAUAUAUUAAAUAUUUAUGUGUGUAUAUGGUUAGUAUGUAUAGUCCAUUCACCCAGACACCACGCCCAGCACUCCCUCUGAAGAAGGCCUACUUAAGGCGCACAUAUGCUCAUCGCUACUAUUUUUUUAGCUGAUUCUUAGUGCUGUGUUGCCAAGGACUUCAAUUUUCACGUUCGAGAAAAUCAUUCUUUAUUUUUAUAGAUCGUUCAUUUAAAUUUUUAUUUUCAUCCUUCUUCCCUCUGUUUUUCACCGAAUGAUGAACAUAUAUGUUUAUCUUAGACUACUGAGGAAGAGAAUCCAACUGCCAGUCUUACAGUGAUAUUUUUGCCAUUCUUUAGAAAGAAGAGAGGGGCUCUUUUGAUUCAAAAUAUUUGUUCUCUGAUGGACUAUCCAAUUCUUUUGAAUAUCUUUCCUGAUGUCAUCAUUUUGUUUCUUAGUUUUCCUGGCCCUCUUUUCCCUUUCCACGUUUUUUCAUACAUUACCUUCCCCAGUUAGGACUAUGUCUAUACAUAAAAGAUGAAAUGGAACAUGUAAACAGUGACAAUACAAGGUUUAUGAUGCUGACAUAGCAAAUUGGAGAUGGUUUAAAUAAUAGUUGCUGCCCAGGUCAUGCAUCAGCUUCCCUUCCAAAACCUUCUGCUGAAAUUUAGAAGUAGUCAUGUACUGUGUGGGAGCCAGAGCUCUGAUUCUUGUCUCUCGAUGCAUCUGUCCCCUCCCCUUCUACAGCUAAAAGAAAGAGCAGAAUCAGAUGAAUCUUUGAAAGUAUAAUCUUGAAUCAAGUGGAACUAACACAGCUUUACUGCAUUUCGAUGAUUGUAAUAUACAGAUCUGUGUUUAGCUUGUGUUUGUCAGCUGACUGCCUCCCUUUUCUACACAACAUUCCCUGUAGGCAACAAAUGACCAAGUCUUGCUUUCAUUUUUCCAGCUGAGGAAGCUGGCUGUAAUUCCACACAGCCACCAUCUUGAGUGAUUUGAGGCUUCUUUGUCCUGAGAAAUGCUGGUUUAAUUUAAGGCAGUGAUGAGAUAGAUAUCUUUGGCUCCCUGUCAGUUCAUGUAUCCAAGAGCUUGAAAGAACAAGUCAACGCUAGGUCUGGGAAAUUUGUUGAAAAGAAUCCUGGCUCUCACAUGAAAUAAAACAGCUCCAGAGCUAGAGACUACAAGGUUAUGGGAACUUCCAGAUGAAGAAAUUCCCUCUACCAAUGCAGGUGAGCAUCCUCUCUGCAACUCAUAAUCUAAGAGAGAGAUGCUGUGUGGGGCACUUGGGGGUUAUAUACUUUGCCUAAGGACACAAAAUUAUGGUGGACCAGAAGUGAGACGUACAUAUGCUCAGAGCUAGUUGAAUGGAAGUAAAGCUUGAGAGGAUCUUAGAAUUGUUCAGUCUAGCCCUCUUGUUUUACAGAUGAGGAAACCAGAGUUUAAUUGCCUUGCCAAAGUCACAUAGCUAAGUAAUAGAACCAGGGACUUGAACCCAAGUCCUCUGCCUUCAAAUCAAGCGCUAUUUGAAUAAAUUUGUUUUAAAGAAAAAUAUUUAUAAAUCAUAGAUUUUGCACAAAUCAUUAUCAAGUUGAAGAAAAGAGCUUUUCUCAAAGCAAUAGGUGAGAUCCUAAAGGCUUUUUGGACUGAAAGAUGUGGCCCUGUUCAGGGGAGGAGUGUGCCUCUAUUAAUGAUUUGGAAAAAGAAAGCUGAGCUUUGUAUUUCACAUUAAAGGAAAAAUGGAAGUGGUCUGUAUUCCUGCACUAUAGGUAGAAAUACCUAGCUGUCUCACAGUAUUCUUAGCCAGUUCUCUUGCUAAAAUCCUCACACAACCACUUUUCUAUAAUCCUAGGCCCCACAGAUCAGUAUGUUUCAGAACUGGAAGUUCUUCCCUAGGGGAAGAGUUUAGUUCAUUUAAUGCUGUUUCUUCUCUAGGGUUUCUGGAGAAAAUGUUAACUUGCACAUGUUGGUUCCUGAAAUACACCAUUAGCCCAAAAAAUUCCCUUUCACCCCAAGCCUGUGGGUAGAGAGUCUGAAGCUGGCAAAUGGUCUCCGGGGGGAACUCGAGCGUAGAAGGAACACGGAUUUUCCACAGAUGCUUCCAGUGACUGCCUUAAGAAGCCUUCAAUUCUUUUCUAUUUCUUUGUGUGUUUGGAAACCCCCACAAUGUGUUUGUCAAGACUUUGCAGGAAACUUUUAGAUGUGGUUCAUGGAUAUACUAAGUAUUUGUGUAAAAGAGUGAGUGUGCAGUGUGUAAAUACUUUAAAUUAUUAUGCUAGAAAAAUAAAGUUACAUACCCUGCUGUGGAA